GUGUGUGAUUCGUGUGCACCCUAGUCCUACACCACUCCGAUAAAAACCUUCCGUUUAUUCAACAAUCAACAAUGAUCUUCAUAGACCGUGUCAACAUAUUUCAAAGCGAAACCCACAAGGUUUAAACGGUGAAUGCUACAUGCACAAUAUCUUCCCCGGAGGCGAAUUUACGUUGUAAUUUGUAAACGGCCAUCUUGAUUAUAAGCACUCAUUAAUUACAGUAAUUAGAGAGAAAAGAGCGUAUAAAGAAGGCUUUGACAUGAAUUGGACUAAUACGAUUCGCGCACCGAUGAAAUAAGAGCCGGAAUCAUGAGGAAAUAUCAGAUUUACGUGAUUUGUUUUGUUGUUUUGGCUUUUGCCGCUGCCACAGCUACAAGAGUUUGCAGCAACAGAAAUAUCUUGUGCUCUGUGGUUAGAUCAACUAGUUGUUCAAAGAAAAUCGUUUCCAGUCAUUGCCCAAGGCUUUGCAACACAUGUGGAGCAAAAUGUCGAAACAUAAAGGCGUCAAUGCGCGUUGAUUGUGGCUACCAUGGAAUUAGUCCGUUGGAUUGCUUGAGAAAGGGAUGUUGUUAUGGCGAAUUAAAGGUGGCUGGCCCGUGGUGUUAUCAUCGAAAAGCAAACUGUCCCAUGAUUGAAGCAAACAAACGUGAAGAUUGUGGUUACCCUGGGAUAAGCAAAUCAGAUUGCGUCAAAAAAGGAUGCUGUUACAACGCGAUCAAGGAAAAGGGACCGUGGUGUUAUUACAGGCAAGAAAAAUGCCGGAAAAUAGCAGCAACAAGACGUCAUGAUUGUGGUUAUCCAGGCAUAACGAAGCGGGCAUGCGAGAAGAAAGGCUGUUGUUAUAGUGAAUUGCUAAACCAAAGUGGACCGUGGUGCUACCACCGCCUAGAAAAAUGUCUGCGCAAAGCAACAGAACGUGACGACUGCGGCUAUCCUGGUAUAACAGAAUUCGAAUGCAUGAAAAGAGGUUGCUGCUAUAAUUCAUUGCCCGGUCGUGGGCCAUGGUGUUAUUACCGAUGAGAUACGAGGACCUUCGGAAGAUUAUAUGCGAACUUUAGUGUACUCAUUGUUGUAAAAAUAUGUUGUCAAAUAAAUACCUCUAAUAUAUGAACUUUUCCUUCCCAAUAAGAUCCAGUAGGAGAUGAAUGAUUUGACUGCCAAUUUUCUUUUUGUCAUGUCGCUGCAGCCAACCACAUUUGAAUUAUUGCAUAGGGUGCCUUGAGUGUCCGUAUUUGCUGAAAGGAGUAGUAAGCGUUAUUUAGUAAAGCCUGAAAUCUUCUGGCGCCGCCAUACCCAGAAUUGCAAUGCAACCGUGCAAGCGUAGCGUGAGCAUUUCUAUCCAAGGCGUUAUUAACCGGCUAUUGCCGUUUUUUGCUACUUUGUCAACUUGGCAAUUCUGUCUCAUUCGGAGCCACAAUUUUGAUAGUCAAAAAUGUCAGGGCGGAUACGGAAAGCAUAAAUCUAAAUACAAAAAGGCUACUUUUGCGGGCGUUAUUAAUACAACAUAAAAUAACUUGUCUAUCUGUACCGAGAAAGUUUAUGCGAGGUCAAAAGCAUAGACCGAACAUGCGAGGUCGCUACGCUGACCGAGAGUAAUAUUUCUCGUAAGAUGACAAGGUUGUAAAAAAAAUAGAGAACUUUCCAUUUGAGUUUUAUUGUUUCAAUUUUUCAAAUACAUGUUUAUCACAUAAAUU